CGGAUACAAAACCGGUGCCACCCAUCACGGGGGACGUACGCAUCCGGUCGAUCCGAGCCGUCCGUUCCCUCGAUCGGACGGCCGCGGCGAUGUCCCGGCGGGAGGCAUGUGCAAGCCGAGCCAAAGCCAGACAGACAGCAGCAAGGCAGUGCUGAAAACUGCACCAUCUGCUAGUAUUCUAUUUACUGGUUUCUCUCCUCCAUAAAUAAGUGCAGGCAAAAGCAUGAUGAGCCAUAAAAACCAAAGGCACCAUCAACCAAAUCACCAAAAGAUAAUAAAACCAAAAGCUCUCCUCCUUUAAUUUGCACCAUCCCCAAAUCUCCGACCUUCUCCUCCUCCAUUGCCAUCUCUCUCAUUCUCUUUCUUUCUCUCUUUCUUUGUUUCUUUGUUUCUUUCUCACUCAUCGAUGAGGAUUAGGAGGAGGCCACAGUGUGUUUCGUUGCAGAGCUCAGAUCCAUCCACAUCCACCGCUGCAACCCAGAAUGCGGCAGCAAGAAGCCGGGAGGGUGGUGGUGGCGAUGGUGUUGGGAGGAGGCUGCACCAGCUGCACCACCAUGGGAAUGUGGAUCUUGGCAAGAAAUCGUCCGGGGUGGCAAGGCGGCGCCUGGCAUUGUUGCAGCAGGAAAAUGGAGUGGAUUGCAGCGACAGCAAGGGACCUGGUGAAGAACAUGGAGGAGCUGGAGAUGCUCACAGGAGCGUGCCAUUGCCAUGCACCGGCGGCGAGGUGGGCAGCAAGUCGGAGCCGGCGGCGGCGGUUGCACCGGCGGUGAUCGUGGAUGUGAAGGAGGAGGAGAAGAGCGUCGGCAAUGGCGGCGGCGGCGGUGGAGCCAAGAAGCGGCGAGGUGGUGGCGCGCCGGCGGUGCUGAUGGAGGGGUCACGGUGCAGCCGCGUGAACGGGCGAGGGUGGCGGUGCAGCCAGCCGACGCUCGUCGGCUACGCGCUCUGCGAGCACCACCUCGGCAAGGGAAGGAUGCGGAGCGUCACCGGCGGCGGCGGGGGACGCGGCGGCGCCAGCCAGCUCGGCCGCACCGAGCACCGGCCGCCGGCGACGGCGAGGAACCCCGCCGCCGCGGCGGCGCCGCCGCCCAAGGCCGACGAGCCAGGCCCGAAUCAUAUCGCGCACCAUUAAUGCGACGCAACGAAUUCCUUCCUAUUUGGGGGUGCACAUUUUGGCCGCCGGCGAUGUGAAUUCUUGCCGCAUUUUUGCGGUGGCCUUUUCAACUGUCGGUCGGUGGUAGCACGAGCAGCAGGACCUGGAUUUUCACCGUGAUUUUCCGAGUAAAUAGUGGCAGGAGCCAUCGGCCAUGCAGAAAAAGAUUGUCACUUGCACGUACGAUUGCACCUGAGAGAGAAAAGAGAAUGGGUAUCCACCA